GCGUUGCAAACAACAACAUGCUAGUUCUGUUAAUUUUAUUAUGUUGUUUUCUGCAGCUGUCUGCUAGUGAGCAAAUAGCGAUGAAAAUAGUCGAGGAGCCGUCAAGCUAUGGCUGGAAUAACAUGUGGGAUCAGCGUCAUCGCACGGAACCAAACGAACCAAAACUGACAAUGCGGGUAGCACCUGCUAAUUUCUCGGGACCACAACAUCUGAAAAAGUUUUGGAACGAAUGUUUCAAACUGGACGAUAAUAGCUACUCUUACGAAGUGUGCCAUUUUUCAAACAUAACACAGCAAGAGAAAAGCCUUCGCUGGAAUCCCUAUCACGGUAUUCUGGGUGUGUACCAAGAGUGGGAAAUCGAAAACAACACGUUUGUGGCUAUGUUGUAUCGGGAAGGUGAUCGAUGUGGAACGUCGUAUCGGCGCGUGAGAGUUGUGUUCGCGUGUGGCGAGAAGAAUCAACUGACUAACGCUUCGGAACCGUCAACUUGUCAUUACCAGAUCACGUUUGUGACACCAUAUGUGUGUCACCCUCACUCCAUGCUUGUGUAUCCAACACUCAGUAAAGAGCUGCAGCUGGCCUGGGACCGUUUAGAAGGGGCGUUAUACCAGGAGGAAGUCACAGAAAAAGGUUACAAGAAAAAACUUGCCAAAAUAUUCGAGAGUGCUGGAUACUAUUUGUCGUUGUCCAUGAAAAAGGAAUUGGCCAAGAAAGCAAAAGAGGAGGAAAAACAGAAAGAAAAUGAAGCCAAAGGGGAGUUUGACAACCUAGCAAAGUGCUCAGAAGAGUACAAUAAACUGAAAAACGAAGUGGAAGGACUUCGGACACUAUUAGCUUUACGUGGCCAUGAAGGCACCGAACAUAAUGAUCACAACAGUACUGCGAAAAGUAAUAACUCUUCACCAGCAGCACAAAUACCAACUCAUUAAAUCAUGUAUAUCUAUUUAUACAAGUAGCCUGAUACAGUUACAUAACCUAAGAAUAUUUGAAUCAUAACAGUAGGCCUAUUUAUUUGUUCAGCUGCAAAAUGUGGUAUUCUGUUUCGAGUUAGCAUAUUGUCCAUAAUAACAGUCAUGGAGACUUUAUUUUGUAACAAACAAUGCAUGUUUUCAUAAAAUGUUAACAUGUCACAAAUCUGUUCAUGUGGGUGUUAGUGGCUCUCGUAAGCUUUGGUAGCUCGAACAAGAGAGCCACAUUUACCAUAUUUGUUACAAUGAAGAACGGUAGUUCUUAAGUUACAUCAUGCAUCGUAAGCCUCAAAAUAAUUUUACACUGUCAUUCAUGGUGACAUCUUGGUCACUUUCUGAACUCUUGGCACAAACAUUCAUGUAGGAAGCAUAAGUUUCAUCAUUGUAUGUAACAUACAAGUGCAUCAACUUUAACAUAAUAUGAUUGUAAGGGUGGAAGGUGUCAUUUUUAGCUGUCCUGCACAAAGCACAGUCAGGCGUGGUUUAUGUCAUUCCCCAAGCAUCAACAUCCAAUAACAGUUUUUUUAAGGUAAAUGGUAAAGGAUGGUAUGUUAAGCUUUCUGCAUGUAUUGAGUUCAUGUAUUAAAGCACAAUAACAUGAGGUGGAUGUACCAUCAUUGGUGCCCGACGUACUUAUUAAAUGAUGUAAUUUAUAAAUAUUAGAAUCCAUUUUAAAGUAAAUAUUUAAGUAUUUCAUGUACACAGAUGAAUUUCAAGUGUCACCUACUGGAGAGCUCUUUCGCAGACAUGCUACCAAAUACAUUUUUCUGUGAUAUUGUUAAAUAUGCCAGGUAUGGGUUGGGAUACAACAUGACAUUUAUGUAGAACUUUCAUCUGCUGUGAGGGUUAGGCUCAGGCAAAGGAUGGUGUUAAUGUCAUUAUGUAAUGGGGCAGUUUAAAAUUGAUGUGUAUGUAUAUACUUUGAUUUGUAUAAUUAGUAUACCGGUUUUUUUUUUGUUCUUUGUUGUUUUUUUUUUUGUUUUCCAUGUAUCUUGUUAUUGGCGUGUAGAUAUUUCCAAUAGGAUAUCAGCCUUCCUAUAAGAACAUGUCAAACAAACCUGAACACACAAAAUUUGAGCAUUUCAUCUGUUGUCAUCAAUUUAUGGGAAGAAUACAUUAAUACGCGUAUGAUGAACAAAAUGGCUGUUUGACUGGUUCGUCUUUUCUUUUCCUGAAUUGUUCAUACCUAUCGCUUCAGUUGGGUGGGAAACUUAAGAAGAAAGGACAACAGAUAAUUUAGCCUUUAGCUAUAUUGGAAGAGGAGUCAAAGUACAUCUAACAGCCAGAGUAAUUUUGUACUUCCUCUUCAAUGGUAAUUCCACAGAUCGACAUUAAAGGAGAAGAAAAUUGAAAUGAUAAACAAAUACCAUUGAAAAGAGUAUGUAUUUCCCCUCGCAGGUGCAUGCCAUAAAAAAUUUCUAAUAUGUACCUCAAGUUGAUAAAUUGAUAAAUAAAGUCA